CGCUCCGGCUCUGGUCUCCCGCUCGGCCCUGCCCCCCCGCCCCGCCCCCGGUCACGUGCGCGCCAGACCCCGCCCCGGCCUGUCCCCGGCGAUUCCUGCGGACCCAGCUGCGGCGGCGGCGCCAGGAGAGCCCAAGCUGCAACGCCGAGUGGAAGCAACUAGAACUCCAGGGCUGUGAAAGCCACAGGUGGGGGCUGAGCGAGGCGUGGCCUCAGGAGCGGAGGACCCCCCCACUCCGUCACGAGCGCCGCAGUCCACCGUAGCGGGUGGAGCCUGCCCUGGUGCGCAGUUGGAAAACUUCGGAGCCCCUCCGGAUCUCCCGGCUGCCAUCCGCACCCCCCGCCAGCCUAGGGUGCGCCCGCGGGCCCUGCUUCUCUCUGCGCUGCUCCCCGUCAAAUUCCCUGGGGAGAGGGAAAAAAAGGCAAAGGAAGUCGGUUCUCCAGGGGCCAGAAGUGUUGAGCCUAAUUAGUCUUAAGACUUCUCAAUAAGAAAUAGCUUAUCGGUUUCUUAUCUGGGAGAGUUGAGGAUGGAGGGACAGAAGGCACCCAGGAUUUGCAUGGAGGGGAUUCAGGGAGAGAGGGUGAUGAGGGACGGGGUGGGCCUUCUAGUCUUGGCCCAGUCCCCGUCUUGCGCACGUUGUUGGUUUCCUCUCAGAGCCGUCUGGUUCAGCCCCGCUGGGGAGGGGAGACCCAUAGUGACCUCUCCUGACACCCGCCGACCCUGACCAGUGUUGCCAGGUUCUUCAAAGGCCACGCUCUGACUGCUGGUCUAUGUCACCCGCACCCCCUAGCCCCACCAUAGACAUGCCUUCUUCGGUGACGGCGCUGGGUCAGGCCAGGUCCUCCGGCCCCAGGAUGGCCCCGAGCGCCUGCUGCUGCUCCCCUGCGGCCGUGCAGAGGAGGCUGCCCAUCCUGGCGUGGCUGCCCAGCUACUCCCUGCAGUGGCUGAAGAUGGAUUUCGUCGCCGGCCUCUCAGUUGGCCUCACUGCCAUUCCCCAGGCGCUGGCCUAUGCUGAAGUGGCUGGACUCCCACCCCAGUAUGGCCUCUACUCUGCCUUCAUGGGCUGCUUCGUGUAUUUCUUCCUGGGCACCUCCCGGGAUGUGACUCUGGGCCCCACCGCCAUUAUGUCCCUCCUGGUCUCCUUCUACACCUUCCACGAGCCUGCCUACGCUGUGUUGCUGGCCUUCCUGUCCGGCUGCAUCCAGCUGGCCAUGGGGGUCCUGCGUUUGGGGUUCCUGCUGGACUUCAUUUCCUGCCCCGUCAUUAAAGGCUUCACCUCUGCUGCUGCCGUCACCAUCGGCUUUGGACAGAUCAAGAACCUGCUGGGACUACAGAACAUCCCCAGGCAGUUCUUCCUGCAGGUGUACCACACCUUCCUCAGGAUCGCAGAGACCAGGGUAGGUGAUGCCAUCCUGGGGCUGGUCUGCAUGCUGCUGCUGCUGGUGCUGAAGCUGAUGCGGGACCACAUGCCUCCCAUCCACCCCGAGAUGCCCCCAGGUGUGCGGCUCAGCCAUGGGCUGGUCUGGGCUGCUACGACAGCUCGCAACGCCCUGGUGGUCUCCUUCGCGGCCCUGGUUGCAUACUCCUUCGAGGUGACUGGAUACCAGCCUUUCAUCCUAACAGGGGAGACAGCUGAGGGGCUCCCUCCAGUCCGGAUCCCGCCCUUCUCAGUGACCACAGCCAAUGGGACGAUCUCCUUCACCGAGAUGGUGCAGGACAUGGGGGCCGGGCUGGCCGUGGUGCCCCUGAUGGGCCUCCUGGAGAGCAUUGCGGUGGCCAAAGCCUUCGAGAUGAGAUUUUGCCAUGUUGCCCAGGCUGGUCUCGAACUCCUGGGCUCAAGCGAUCCUCCUGCCUUGGCCUCCCAAAGUGCUGCGAUUACAGCUGUGAGCCACCGUACCUGGCCUGAUUACAUGCGUCUCAGAAUAAUUACCGCAUCGAUGCCAACCAGGAGCUGCUGGCCAUCGGUCUCACCAACAUGUUGGGCUCCCUCGUCUCCUCCUACCCGGUCACAGGCAGCUUUGGGCGCCGUGAACGCUCAGUCGGGGGUGUGCACCCCGGCGGGGGGCCUGGUGACGGGAGUGCUGGUGCUGCUGUCUCUGGACUACCUGACCUCGCUCUUCUACUACAUCCCCAAGUCCGCUCUGGCCGCCGUCAUCAUCAUGGCCGUGGCCCCGCUGUUCGACACCAAGAUCUUCAGGACGCUCUGGCGCGUUAAGAGGCUGGACCUGCUGCCCCUGUGUGUGACCUUCCUGCUAUGCUUCUGGGAGGUGCAGUACGGCAUCCUGGCCGGGGCCCUGGUGUCUCUGCUCAUGCUCCUGCACGCCGCAGCCAGGCCCGAGACCAAGGUGUCAGAGGGGCCGGUUCUGGUCCUGCAGCCGGCCAGCGGCCUGUCCUUCCCUGCCGUGGAGGCUCUGCGGGAAGAGAUCCUCAGCCGGGCCCUGGCAGUGUCCCCGCCACGCUGCCUGGUCCUGGAGUGCACCCAUGUCUGCAGCAUCGACUACACCGUGGUGCUGGGACUCGGUGAGCUCCUCCAGGACUUCCAGAAGGAGGGCGUCACCCUGGCCUUCGUGGGCCUGCAGGUCCCCGUUCUCCGUGUCCUGCUGUCUGCUGACCUGAAGGGGUUCCAGUACUUCUCUACCCUGGAAGAAGCAGAGAAACACCUGAGGCAGGAGCCAGGGACCCAGCCCUACAACAUCAGAGAAGACUCCGUUCCAGACCACAAGGUCGCCCUGCUCAAGGCAUAAUGGGGCCACCCAUGGGCGUCCACAGUUUGCAGGGUGUUCCGGAAGGUUCUUGUCACUGUGAUUGGAUGCUGGAUGCCGCCUGAUAGGCCUGGCUGAGAAACCCCUGAGCAGGUCACCCAGGGAAGAGAAGGAAGCCAGGCCUGGAGGUCCACGGCAGUGGGAGGGGGGCUCACUGGCUUCCUGUGGGAUGACUGGAAAAUGACGUCGCUGCUGUUCCCUGGCGUGACCCUCUUUAGAAGAGUGGUUUGGAGAGAGCCUUCUAGAAUGACAGACUGUGCGAGAAAGCAGGGGCAGGGGUUUCAGGCCUGGGCUGUGCAAGGUGUCCUGGGGCCCGCAGCACCUUCCCGGCUCACCAGUGCCACCUGCAGGGGAGGGACGGGGUGGGGGUGGGGGGUUGGGGGGGGCAGGCAGGAGUCGGGGGGGCAGGCAGGAGUCUGGGAGGCGAGUCUGCUUCUCUUGUCUGCGGCGUCUGUGCUCUCCAAGAGAAAACCAAGGUGUGCCAAAUGACGUCAAGUCUCUAUUGAAAAAUAAUUUUGUGUUUUCUAAAUGGAAAAAGUGAUAGCUUUGGUGAUUUUGUAAAAGUCAUAAAUGCUUAUUGUAAAAAAUGCAGGAAACCACCCCCUCACGCUGUCCACUUGGGUGAUCAUUCCAGACCCCUCCCCAAACAUGCAUAUAUACCUGUCCGUCAGUGUGUGGAUGUAUGUUUACAGUUUUACAUAAAUGGGAUCAUUUUAUACAUGGUGCUCUGGAACCCACAUUUUUCAUGCAGUCAUUUGCAGUGAAUUAUUUAUUAUGAUAAUAAAUAGCAUUAGAAUACAUGA